GUUAUUGUUGAAAAACAAUACUGUUGCUAGGAUACAUUUUUCCGCGUUCCCUCGUUGCUAGGAUACAGCAAAGCACGCCGCCAUUGUUGUAGCUCGGAGAAGCCUGGGGUCAGUUUUUCACGGAACACUGGGCCGGCAGGAUGGAGAUCGUCCACGUUUACAUGAAGCUUCGCGGUGAGUUCGGCCGCCAGUGUCUUUUAUCAGACCGACCGGUCGAACUGCUGGUGGACUUCCCCCCGAACCCGAGCCUGGGUCUGCAGUUCAUCCAGAAAACCCCUAGAGACCAGGCGGUACAGGCCUGCACGGACACGUCUGAACACCAGGUGAACACGGAACGCUUUGAGUCUGACAGCUGCGGCAUCAACCAUGUGGAGGGAGGCUGGCCUAAAGACGUGGACCCUGGGGAGAUGGAACAAACCAUCCGCUUCAGGAAGAAGGUGGAGAAGGAUGAGGGCUACAUGAACACCCUCCUGCAGUUGGGCAGCGUCAUGGAGCACUGCAUCCGACAGAACAACUCUGUAGACAUCUAUCAGCUGUACUUUGAGGAUGAGGUGGAUGUGGAAGAGAGUCAGGAUCCACCAUCUGCUAAGACCAUCAAUGUCUUCAGAGAUCCUAACGGGGUGAAGCGUACUAUCACUGGCCUGUCCUGGCAUCCUGAUGGUGGCAGGAAGAUGGCCGCCGCCUACUCCUGCCUUGAGUUCCAGAAAGCCUCUAGGGACAUGAGCCUGGACUCCUAUAUCUGGGAUGUUGAAUACCCAAAGAGACCGGAGAUGACCCUGAAGCCGAUAUCCUCACUCGUCUGUUUGGACUACAACCCUAAGGACCCCCACACACUUGUGGGAGGCAGCUACAGUGGACAGAUCGCGUAUUGGGACACCCGAAGAGGUAGCCACCCAGUGGAGCUGUCCUCUGUGGAGCAGAGUCACAGGGAUCCGGUCUACAAGAUCAUCUGGCUGCAGUCCAAGACUGGGACAGAUGCCUUCUCUGCCUCCACUGAUGGACAGGUUCUGUGGUGGGAUGUACGUAAGCUGAGUGAACCCACUGAGCGUCUGGUUCUGGACCCAGGCAGGGAAGGGAACUUGGACAGAGCUUUAGGUGCCAUCUCUCUGGAGUUUGAAGCCACCAUGCCUACAAAGUUCAUGGUGGGGACGGAGCAGGGUCUUAUUGUGUCCUGCAAUCGAAAAGCCAAGACCCCAUCUGAGAAGAUUGUUUGUACAUAUGACGGACACCACGGGCCUGUCUACGCCUUGCAGAGAAAUCCCUUCUUCCCCAAAAACUUCCUCACUGUGGGAGAUUGGACAGCACGGAUCUGGUCUGAGGACAUCAAGGAUUCAUCCAUCAUGUGGACCAAGUAUCAGAUGUCAUACCUGAUGGAUGCCUGCUGGAGUCCGGUCAGACCGGCCGUCUUCUUUACUGUGAAGACGGAUGGUGUGCUGGACGUCUGGGACAUCCUGUUCAAACAGAACGACCCUGUGCUGAGUUUUAAGGUCAGUGACAAAGCUUUGUACAGCCUCCGGGUUCAGGAUAACGGGCGUUUGGUGGCAUGUGGUUCUGAGCAGGGAGAAGCGACGCUGCUGGAGAUUUGCUCCGGACUGUCCACCCUCCAGAAGAAUGAGAAGAGUCUGCUGGCUGCUAUGCUCGAGCGUGAGACAAAAAGAGAAAAAAUCCUGGAGGCUCGACAGAGAGAAAUUCGGUUGAAGGAGAGGAGUCGGUCGGAACAGAGCAGGGAGGAUGAGAUCAGUCGGGACGAGGGACAGGAAAGUCCUGAACAGCUGAUGGGCAGAGCUGAGAAGGACUUCUACAGCAUGGUGGAGACGGAGCAGAGGAGGAGGAGGGAGCGUGAGGAUGAGACACAGCGGGAGAAAGACGUCUGUGAAGAAAAACAUGUGAAAGAAGAAACAGAAACACACUGAGUCAUCAUUUAAAUUUUAAUAACCGAUAAGCUUUUGUUCAAUUAAAAUAAUCUGUAAAAAAUCGUGCGAAUGUUGACUAGAAUUUAUGAAUAUUUUGCGUUUGUUUUUUUGAUCAGCUAAAAGAUCACAAAAAGUCAUACAUGUAAAUAGGUGGGAAUAUAAUAAAGGAAAAUAUUAUGGAGAGAAAAAAUGUUUUAUUGAAGCCUCUGCGUCA